CUUGAUCAACUAGGCAGCCAAUAUGGCGCCUCGCUGCGGCGUGGAGAAUUGCCGCUCGCGCAAAUAUGAAGAGGGCGAGGACGGGUACCUGUACUGCGAAAAUGGGCACCGCAAGGGCGAACAAAUUGCUGGGGAGGACGAGGACCAGUUUGAGACUGCAAUUAGGACAACAACGCGGAAAAAGGUUGAUAAGGAGGAGUCUGAAAACCCCGAAAAAGUAUACACAGGAGCCAAAGGAACCGACCUCUACGUGAAAUGCCUGCAGCUCAUCCUCCGCCACCAGGUGGCGUUCUUAAUCCGAAAGAAAGGGCUGCCAGCUGAACUUGAAACAGUUGUCCAAGAUCUGUGGGUGCUUCGCAUCCUUCAGCUGGGUCACAAAAUCAGAAAUGAAAGCUAUGAUUCAGGCUCUUCCCAAGUUUUCAGUACACAAGAAAGUGAAACAGAAGCGGACGACGAUCCGUUGAUUAUACCAUCGAGGAGAAAGAAGCUGCAGGAGAACCCCACGCUCAUCGAUUGCCUCGCAUUGUGCUAUCUAGGCACCCUCACACUUCGAUUGCCAGUAACGCCUGGCGAUUUCUACACAUGGACUACCGAGGAGGACAUGCCUUAUUUGAACGCGAUACGCCUCAUCACUCCACCAAUGAGGAAUCGGUUACCAGCGACAUACCACAGUGCAUUUAGCCCAUAUUCCCUUCUUAACCUCAGACGCUUUUACACCGCGUAUGCCAAUCUACUAGCCGGACUCGAGCUGAAGUACUCAAUUGCCUGGCCGACGCUCAACGUCCCUGUCCUUUUAUUUCGCUAUCUGAAGGAUCUCGCACUCCCGCUUGAACUGUACGAUGCGACUAUCCGCUUGGGCGAGAAACUCGGAUACGACUUCGCACUCUACGUCAGUCCCAGACAAAGGCUCAAUUUCGCGAGCCUUCCUGAGGCCCGGCUGGUAUCCUGUCUGGUGAUUUGCGUCAAGCUCAUUUUCCCAUUCGAUGAUAUAAAACGUCAUCCGCGAUCCGUCACCGAGCCUGCAGCGACAGCAAUAGACUGGCCUGCGUGGGCUCAACUAGUGAAAGCCGCGAGGGCGGAGGACCGUGGAGGCCGGCACCGCUACACAACGGAAGAGCUGACCAAGGUUCAAGAGAAAGAUGUGUUCUCCAUGUCGGGCAACGAGCUUGACCAAUACCUUGACUUCUACCUCGCCAACUUCGUGGAUGAGAUGAACAUCCAGUCGAAAACGUCUGAUGAUGCCUUCCAAGCUGCAAUGUAUAGUCUGUUCCCCGUUGCACCCGACGCAAGUUCGCAGCCUGCGAAAGCGUCCGCAGAUCUACAGCAAGAGAAGAAGCUAAAGCUCGUGAGGGCGGUGCAUGGUACAACGAAAGAGGUCAGGGCUGUGGAAGAUGAUGAAAAUGUGGAGGUGCUGAGGCCAGGAGUGCGGUACGCUGUGUACACGAAAGAAAGUGUUAUGCCGCCGCAUGCUGCGAGAUUCCACGAAGAGGCAGCGAGGAUCUCGGGGCUUACGCUGGAUAUGCUAAUCAGAUGUGUGCGGCACAUUGAGCGGAAGAUUGCGCGUGAGCAGGGCAGACGGAAGCAAGGUGUUUCGCAGGAAGAUGCCGAAGAGCAAGUGGAGAGCGCAGAGGUAGAGAUGCUGGAUGCAGAUGACGGCUGAGCAGUGAUGGGUCGGCAGGCGUUGGACAAGCACCAGCGCCUGAAACCAUCGAUGCACCAGAGCUAGCAAAUCCGAGCCUCAAAGCUCUGC